CCAAUGGGGAGUGUGGUUCGAGGAUGUAGGAACCGGUCUGAAGGAACAUGGGGCUAUGUCAGAGGUGGCGGCGACUCCGGCUCCUGGGAUUAGAAGCCUGCGGGCUACACACGGCUGCUGUGCCGACCCCUCCACACUGGUUGGCGGAGCGGCUUGGCCUUUUUGAGGAGCUGUGGGCUGCUCAGGUAAAGAGGUUAGCAGGCGUGGCACAGAAGGAAGCCCGGAGUAUUAAGGUGUUUCUUCCUGGAGGCAAGAAAGUGGAUGCUGUGGCAUGGAACACAACUCCUUACCAGCUAGCCCAGCAGAUCAGUUCAACACUGGCAGAUACUGCAGUGGCUGCUCAAGUGAAUGGAGAACCUUAUGAUCUGGAGCGGCCCUUGGAGGCAGAUACUGAUCUCAAAUUUCUGACAUUCGAUUCCCCAGAAGGCAAAGCUGUAUUCUGGCACUCCAGCACCCAUGUUCUGGGGGCAGCGGCUGAGCAAUUCCUAGGUGCCCUUCUCUGCCGAGGUCCAAGUACAGAAUCUGGCUUUUACCAUGAUUUCUUCCUGGGAAGGGAGCGGACAAUUCAGGGCCCAGAUCUGCCUGUUUUGGAGCGUAUUUGCCAGGAGCUUACAGCUGCUGCUCAACCCUUCCGGAGGCUAGAAGCUUCCCGAGAUCAGCUUUGCCAGCUCUUCAAGGAUAACCCCUUUAAGCUUCACUUGAUCAAAGAGAAAGUAACAGGACCAACAGCAACAGUAUAUGGGUGUGGCACAUUGGUCGAUCUUUGCCGGGGCCCCCACCUUCGGCACACCGGACAGAUUGGCGCUCUGAAGCUGCUGACGAACUCGUCGUCCUCGUGGAGGUCUUCAGCAGCCCCGGAGAUGCUGCAGAGAGUGUCUGGGAUUUCCUUUCCCACCGCAGAGUUGCUGAGGGCCUGGGAAGCGUGGCGGGAGGAGGCAGAGCUGCGAGACCACCGGCGUAUUGGGAAGGAACAGGAGCUCUUCUUCUUCCAUGAACUGAGCCCUGGGAGCUGCUUUUUCCUGCCACGAGGGACACGGGUGUAUAAUGCACUGGUGGCUUUUAUCAGGGCUGAGUAUGCCCGCCGGGGUUUCUCAGAGGUGAAGACCCCCAUGCUGUUUUCUACAAAGCUCUGGGAACAGUCAGGGCACUGGGAACAUUACAGGGAAGACAUAUUUGCCCUGCAGCCGCCAGGCUCUGCCAGGCCUGCCAGCUCCCAGAGCGACUGCCCUACCCAGCAUCCUAUAGACACACUCGCGCUCAAGCCCAUGAACUGCCCUGCACACUGCCUGAUGUUCGCCCACCGGCCCAGAUCCUGGCGGGAACUGCCCCUCCGACUAGCCGACUUCGGGGCACUGCACCGGGCCGAGGCCUCUGGCAGUCUAGGGGGACUGACCCGGCUGCGGUGCUUCCAGCAGGAUGACGCUCACAUCUUCUGUGCACCUGAUCAGCUGGAAGCAGAGAUCCGAAGCUGUCUUGAUUUCCUCCGCUCUGUCUAUGCCGUCCUUGGUUUCUCCUUCCACCUGGCACUGUCCACCCGACCGUCUGGCUUCCUGGGAGAGCCUGACCUUUGGGACCAUGCUGAGCAGGUUCUCCAGGAGGCCCUGGAGGAAUUCGGAGAACCCUGGGACCUCAACCCUGGAGACGGUGCUUUCUAUGGGCCAAAGAUUGAUGUGCACCUCCGCGAUGCCCUGGGUCGGCCCCAUCAGUGUGGGACAAUCCAGCUUGACUUCCAGCUGCCCCUGAGAUUUGACCUCCAGUUCAAGGGACAGGCGGGGGCCCUGGAGCGUCCAGUCCUCAUUCACCGAGCAGUGCUCGGUUCUGUGGAGAGGCUGCUGGGAGUGCUGGCUGAAAGCUGUGGGGGGAAAUGGCCACUGUGGCUGUCCCCAUUCCAGGUGGUAGUCAUCCCCGUGGGGACUGAGCAAGAGGACUAUGCCAGGGAGGCACAGCAGAGCCUGCGGGCCGCAGGACUGGUCUGCGACCUGGAUGCGAAUUCUGGGCUGACCCUCAGCCGGAGGGUGCGCCGGGCCCAGCUCGCCCACUACAAUUUUCAGUUUGUGGUUGGCCAGAACGAGCAGAGUAAGAGAACAGUGAACAUUCGGACUCGAGAGAAUCGCCGCCUUGGAGAGAGGGACCUGACUGAGGCCGUGCAGCGGCUGCUGGAGCUACAGAACGCCAGGGUCCCAAAUGCUGAAGACAUUUUCUGAGGCUUCAUACGCAGAGGAGGCAAAGAUCUGCAAGAGCCCUUCCUUACCAGAGAAGACUCCAACCCAGCUGACAGCCCAAUCUGGAGUCCCCCAGGCUCCCCAGGACUCAUGUGGGGGCAGGGAGAUGCUGUUUGGAUGUGAGGAGAGAAAAAUGAAAAAAAUAAACCUGAAGCUCCUGG